UCGAUCGAUAUUUACAUCGAACACAGGAAAAAGAAAAUGACGUAUUAUAUGAACAGUUUAUUAAUUCAUGAAUCACAUGAUUUUGAUUUGAAUUUGUAUAAUAGAAUCGCCAGUUCAAACAAAUAAUUCAUGGAACACUGUAUGCGUGAUGGCAAGUACUCUAUUUCUAUACGAGAAUAUAUUCCAAAUGUUCCAAAUGGAACGCUCGGACAUGAGCAGAAUGUUCUCUGAAUGCAAUUGUGUUUAUGUUUGUAUUUAUAUGUCUGCGUUGAUGAUGAUGAUCAACAUCUCCAUCUCAAUUAUAUUGGACCAAAAAUUUUUUUUUUUCAUUGUCAAUCAUCAUGUGAUUUAAAAACGUAAUCACGUACAAUGAAUAUGGACGAUAACCAAUCAUCACCACCACCACUGCUAUUGUCAUCAUCAAAACAAUCGUCAAAAUUAUCGGUAUCAACAUCGUCAUCAUCAUCAUCAUCAUCAUUGAUACCGAUCAAUACAUUAAUUGAACAAAUUCUCGUAUCAUUACGACAAGAAUGGAUUUCCGAAUGUGAUCAAUUGUGCCAAUUAUUACAACGGCCACAUCUGCUUGCUCUCAUGCAAGUGGUCGAUUGUGUUGCCCGUCAAAUAUUUGAUGUUGAAAUAUUUGCCAAUCUUGAAAUGAUUCUCGAUAACACCAGUAAAAGUAAUUUAAAAAUUAUUGAAAAUCUUGAAAACUAUGACACUGCCAAAUUGGAAACAUUUCUCGAUAUUACCUCUGCCAAAACCAUGAAACUAAAAAUGCCCACUGCCACAACCACAUUGGUAUAUUCAACGCCAAGAAAAAAACGUCGACCUUGUCAAAAAAUCAUACAAGUCAUCAAAAGUGAUGAACCAUUGGGUGUAACAGUUCGAUUUGAUGAACGAACUGGUGACAUUAUUCUUGCAAGAAUAUUGGUCGGCGGAGCAGCCUAUCGAAGUGGUCUCGUACAAGUUGGUGAUCAUAUUCUCGAAGUGAAUGGAAUUCCAUUACGUGGCCGUUCACAUUUAGAUGUGAUAAACAUAUUGCAACGUGAAUCAAUGAAAACGAUUAUAACGUUAAAAAUUGUUGCCAUGAACAGGCAACCAUCAUUCGAUUCUACCGCCAAUAGUCAGGCUUUAAAAUCCUAUCUGGUAAAAGCAUGUUUCGAUUACAAACCAGAACAAGAUCCACAGAUUCCUUGUCCAUCCAUAGGAUUGGCAUUCGAUAAAGGUAGCAUCCUGAAUGUUUUGAAUAAAGACGAUGCCAAUUGGUGGCAAGCAAGUAAACAGAUUGAAUUAUCAAGUAAAUCACGAAUGGAAAUAUUUCAAAUAGCCGGUCUGAUUCCUUAAAGAUUACAAGAACGACGAAUCGUUGCCAUUCGUGACAUUAAAAGUCAACUUGAUCGUGAACGUUAUAUACAUAUUCUUGGUGGAUUAUUGCCACUUCCAUUUCGUAAGAAUAAAUGGUGUGCACAGAAAAUCAAAAAAAUCAUGUAUGAUUUAAGUGAUUGUAUCCGCUAUGAUCGUGAAGAGAUCAGUACAUAUGAACCAGUGGCCAGAUAUUUUCCACGUUCAGAUCAUUGUCGUCCUAUUGUUUUGGUUGGUCCUUCUGGUGUUGGAUGUUCAUUACUGAUUAGUUUAUUAUGUCAACAAAAUCCUAAUCGAUAUCGUGAACCAUUAGCUCAUACAACACGUUAUAAACGAUUUCAGGAAAAUGAUUCUAUCGAUUAUUAUUUUGUCAAUGAAGAUUGGAUGGAACAUGAAAUACAAACAGGUAAUUUUGUUUGUUAUUCAAAAUAUCGUGGCAAUUAUUAUGGUCUACAUCGAGAUACAAUCAAACAGAUUGUCGAUGCUGGUGCUGUUUGCAUAUUCAAAAUGGAUGCUCAAUUUUUACGACUAGUUCAUACAGCUGAAUUCAAACCAUACAUUAUAUUCAUACAGCCACCAUAUGACCUGGAUCGAUUGAUUGAAACAAGAAGUCGUAAUUAUUAUGAUCAUUCAGAUUCUGUUAGUAGUCAAUAUAGUCAACGAAAAUCUAAACAACGAUUUGCAUAUGAAAUGCAUCUAAUGAUAUAUGAAUCACAUAAAUUACAAAUAUUGUAUGGCCAUAAAUUUGAUACCACAUUGAUCAAUGAUGAUCUCAAGGAAACAUUUAAUCUACUGCUUGAUACAGUACGAAUGGUUGAAAUGAAACCAACAUGGAUACCUAUUGCAUGGAUUCAGCAACAGAAUAAAUCAUUAUGUCGAAUUUAAACGUACGCACACACACACACACACACACA